UGCUUGCUUGCUUUCUUUCUUUCUUACUUUAUUUCUUCUUUCUUCAAAAUUAUUUUGUUAAUUGAUAUAAUAAAUCUCUUUUCUGUACUUUAUUCUUUUUCUUUUUCCUCUUGCCUAAUUUUAUUUAUUUAUUAUUCUCACCGUCAUCAUUAUAAUCGCCGUCAUUGCAAUACAAAAAAUACAAAAAAUAAAAUAUGAAUGCCGAGCACUCUACUUCAACUAUUGAUUCCAUCACAGACAUUGAAGUUCUCCGCGCAUAUCUGCGACAAACAACACAAAGUCUACAGUCAGCAGCGCAAAUGGGACUCGACCUUGCACAUCAAAACCAAACCCUUCAUAUACAGGUCCAAGACCUCCAACAGGAUCACAAAGACCUCCAACAGCGCAUUUCCUUAAUAGAGCGCGACCGCCGAUGGAUGCAACAGCAGUCUCUCCGGGUUGAUCAGGUGAAAGCAGCACUUCACGAGCUGCAGACUAAAUCCGAAAGAGGUGGAUCCAGGUGGGCGUCGGAACAAAAAGUAGACACAUUGGAGGGUUCCGUGGAGAGGAUCCGCGAGGACAUGGAGAUGCUGAUUAGGCAAAUCGAGGAUCUUGGUGUUUCGAGAGGAGCAAAGGGCGAGCUCGGGGUGUUGGCCAGGAGAAUGGGUGCGCUGGAAGAUGUGGCGGAGCAUCUGGGCUUUCGCGUCUCCGAGGUUUCCGAAGAACGUGAGGUCGGUGAGAAUCGCCUGAGGGCUGCCGUGACUGAUACCGGGAGGCAUAUGGGGGAGGUCCGGAGCGAACUGCAGGCACUGGGCGCUGCGCACGAGGACACUGUUAUGCAGACCGAGGCGAUAGCCCAAAGACAAGGUGACAUUGAGCAGUCGCUGAGAUCCAUUAUUGUUGAGUACAAUUCAAUGCUGAAUGAGCAUGAGCAGGCUAUUAGGAUCCUUGGGGAUAGCCAGGCGGUCAUUGAGUCACAGCUGCCGUCGAAUUAUAAUACGGCGACCGGCACUUUGCGGAAUAGACUGCGGGGCCCUAGUCGUGCUGACUUUGCGAUUUCAUCGGUUGGCCGUCGCGGCGGCGAAAGUUUGGGCGAUAUUUUUGCAACAGAUACUAGUCCUCCUCCCAUGCAGCAUCAAAAUCAAAAUCAUCAGCAUCAGCAUCAGCAUCAACAACAACUACAGCAUCAGCAGCAACAACGCAAAGUUUCAGUGGCAAUGGGAUUCCCGCCAUCGCCCCCACUGACCAUGUCUCCAGACCAUCACCCGCCCUCAGUAGUCGUAGGCCUUACACUUGGCGGUGGUGUCGUUGGCACCAUUGGUGGUGGCGGUGGCAGAAAGGCGGCGUCGGUCAUCGGCACAUCUACGGAUAGACAUCGGUCGAGAGUGCGGCCUCGCACGAGCAGCUUUUCCAAGUUAGCCCUGCCGGUGUCCCCGACGCGGCUUUCACCGGGUGGGUUUGGGAAUAUCAUUUCGGCAUCGGCGCAUGUGGGUCUCGGAUGGGGCAAUUAUUGGCAGGCUCGCAGACACCGCCUUCAGUUUGAUAUUCAAAAAAGGCUCGGACUCCCUGCAUUGCCGUCGGUGGCCGCAGCGAUAAACGGCACUCGGGCGAUGAGCAGUGCCGGCACCAUUGAUUUGGAUAUUGAAGAUUAGUUAUCCAUGUUAUUUUUUAUUUUUGGUAUUAUCUUUUAUAAAUUAUUCAUUAAUUUU